CGCUGAGCCUCACCUUCUCAGUCAGGACUUUCUCACUUCCUCCCUUCUAGCAGGCGGUGGGCUUUCAGUCGGGGGGGCCACCGGUAGAUGGACUGACCGAAAGCCUCGUCUAAUCUGGUAAAAAGGAGAUUUUUUAGUACCUUCCUGGCUCUUUGGGAAGACCAUGGCUGUCUUCAGGACCCAUCAGGAGCCUCUGCUGGUGGUUUUACUGCAGAUGGUGUUGAUUUGCUCAGCUCAGAGGAGCGCGGUUGGCCCCAGAGGGCCCCCCGGACCGCCAGGCUUCGCUGGAGUACCUGGAGUCGACGGAAUCGAUGGCGAGAGAGGGGAAGACUCCUCUGUAACUGGCCCAGUAGGUCUUCCUGGAGAUAAUGGCAAAGAUGGGUCUUCUGGAGCUCCAGGCCUUCCAGGAGCAGAUGGACCUGUGGGACCCCCGGGGGAUCCAGGCCCUUUGGGCCCAAAAGGCUCAAAAGGGGAACCUGGAGCUCAGGGACCUGCUGGAGAACCGGGAGUAGGACUUGAUGGGACUGAUGGUAUUCCUGGCACGGAUGGGCUACCAGGUGAACUGGGAAAAGUAGGACCGCCUGGAGCAAAAGGGAGGAGAGGUGCCGUUGGUCUGCCUGGUCCUAUUGGUCCUCGGGUAAACAUCCGUCUACAUCCGUCUGGUUCACUUUAUACACACGUUGCAUGUUGUCGUUUACAUCUGGAAACAACGCG